GAGAAGCCGACAGCCUGGGAUCAACAAACAGGCUGCUAAGCAGCGUUAGCUAGCGUCCUAUCUCACGGCUGAUAAUUGGCCCGCAGCUGGCUGCUCGUCCCUUUAACUUUUGAAAAACAACUUCAACAGCGACACUAGUUUUAUAAACGCUACCGGAGCGACCUGCUUUCUACGACAAAGUUAAAGUUAUGGCGUGCGGCGCGACCCUGAAGAGGACCAUGGAUUUUGAUCCGCUCAUGAGUCCUGCGUCCCCCAAAAGACGGAGGUGCGUUCCUGUGGCCCCAUCGACUUCAUCCCCGAGGAAAUACCUGAGCAUGGAGCCCUCGCCUUUUGGACAGUCGUCUUCAAGACUUAGCGCAGAACAAAUCCUCAGCAGCAUCAAACAAGAGUACAAACGCAUUCACAAGAGGAAGCAUCUAGAUGGAGGCUACCAACAUUCAGAGUGCUGCUAUUCUCCUGAAUCCCCGUCCCAGCUGUGUAUGAACGUGUCCAGCAUGCCAGGAACAUCCUCAGGUGGCGUCUCUCCAACCAGGAAAGAACAACCGCUGUUCACUCUCAGACAAGUUGGAAUGAUCUGCGAGCGCCUGCUGAAGGAGAGAGAGGAGAAGGUGCGGGAGGAAUACGAGGAGACCAUGACCUCGAAGCUGGCAGAACAAUACGACACCUUCGUGAAGUUCACACACGAUCAGUUGAUGCGACGAUUCGGCGAGCAGCCUGCAAGCUAUGUUUCCUGAGUGUGGCACCGAAGCUUUGCAAGAAGG